UAUUUUUGGUCACUCGUCGUCUUAUCGGAGCGCAGUACAGUACUUUCAUUUCUUGGCGCAAUCAGUUUUACAAGUUAAAACCUCAUUUUCUAAAACCCCGACAUCUCCACAUCAAAAUGUCGAACAUUCCCAGAGAAAAGUCAUUCUGGAGUAUGAUUAUCGAUUCGAACGACAAGCAAACGUUCACUGUUGAACGGUCUUUCCACAUUUCUAAAGCCGUUAUUGUGCCAAAUCUUAGUAUUAAAUUGAGUCCAAUUGCACGUCUCAUGGUGGAUUGUGACAAUAAAAAAGGGAUCAUCUUGUGCGAACUCAGGAAAAAUGAUCCCGAGAAAUCAUUGAAGCCCGAAGCUGACCUAGACGUACACUUCCGUGUUGGACAGAAGAUAACACUUUAUUACGACUUUGGUGGGAUAUCGCUUGACUAUGGAAUACCAAAAAUCCAUCUGUCAGGAUAUGAAUUUGUAGUUUAGCGCACUAAUAGGCGUAGUUAUCUACCCCUAUUUAAUUUCUUUAACAACCAAAGGUGUAAAAUACAAUACAAAUGAUAUGACA